AUGCCCCCAGCCCCCCCGAGCCCUGGCUGCAGGGACCCCGACAAGGACUUUGGCUUUGAAGGCUGUGGGGAGAAGGAUAGGAGGGCACUCAGUGGGGAGACCACAUCUCCCUUUCCCAACCCCAAGGACAAGGAGCCCCACAGCCAGCAGGAAGCCGUGAUCCGGCCACAGCAAGCCAGGAAGAUCGACUUCAAAUUGCUCCACUGCAAACCCAAGUUUGGCAAUGAUGGUGCCUGGGGAAAGGUCAAGGGCAGCCCCCAGUCCCCCCCAGGGAAGGGGCGAUCCCAGGAGCACAGCCAGCGCUCGGGGAAGGGUGAGUGGGGCCACCAUCAGCUCUACCAGCUCAGCAUUGCCAGCACUUGGCCGAACCCCACCAUCGGCAUCGCCUACCCCCAGCAGAAGGUGACCCCUCCAAAGGAGCCAGAGGCGAAUCAUGGCCCCGUGGCCAGCAGCUACUGCUUCCACAUGCCCAGCAUCCCCCAGCAUGAGGCUGAGCUCCAGCAAGAAAAACUCAGCUUCAGCCGCUGCUUCCCUGAUGCCACCUCUGGCCAUACCUCCACCAGUUAUACCUCACAGCCCGCUCCCUUCCAUGGCCCUAAAGGGCAGCCCCCUGCCGCCGGCAUCCUCCUGAAGAGCCCCGGCACCAAUGGGCAGCUACAUUACUCAGAGUUUCAGGCGAACAGGGCUGACUCCUGGCCUUCCCUGAAGAGCUUCGCCAGUGCUAGCUAUGGGAUCUCAGCGCAGAAGCCCAGCUCUUUCCCUGAGGGCAGCAAAGCUGGUGCCCAUGCUCUGGGGGCUUUGCCAUGCCAAUACCCCUUCCAGCUGCUGCACGACUCGGGGAAGGAGCCAUACCACAGCAAUGCAGGGAGCCAGGAGUACCUGGACAUGGGGCUCUCUGCCAGCCAGCUGGCUCACAGUGCCUUCGCCUUCCACUCAUCCUCCAGAGAGUGGCAAGAGGAGGUGCUGAGUGGUGGUUCCUACGAGAAUGUGUCCCCUGAUGGCAGGCUGUAUGGCUUGCCCGCCCCACCAACACUGUUCUUGCACCCACUGCCACCGCCGGCCCUGCACCACAGCCCAUUGCCAUGCUGCAAGGGCAGGAGCGAGCAUCCCACCGACUCCAAUGGUGAUCUCUCAUCGUCUGGUGCUACUGACCAAAACCCAAGCACUUUCCAAGAAAACCAAGCUGUUUUUCCAUCUAGUUUACACUCUCCUAGUAUGCCAAAGCCAGUUGGUAAGAGGCAAGCCUCAGUGAAAGACAGUGUCUCCAGCCAGCGGCUGCUUCUCCAGAGCAAUCUUCUAAGAAGAAACAUGCCACCGAAUUCUCUCUCCCAAGUGCACUUUCAGAGCAAAGCCUAUUGCAGUUUCCCCACAGGCAGCGUCAGCAUAGGAUCUGUGCCUUUCGAGACAAGCACUCCUGCUACGGCACCCACCCACCCCAGGCUUGUGCAAGCUUGGGAAGGUGCCACUAAGGCGUUUUCUCCCAUGGACCAGAACUCAGCACCUUAUUCAAACCCUGUUGGAAACCAGUUCUCAUUUGAGCCAGUCUGUCAGUCUGUCCCCGAACAGAGGCAGCACAGACAGAAAAAUGCCAGGAUGCCUUGGCAGCAAAUACACCUCACUUCUGCAAUACACGGUCAAAACAGGCUAGAGCUGUCGAGACAGAUCACCAGCCAGAAGUUCCCCUUCCCCCUGGGCACGUCAGAGUGGCAGGGGAACAGGAAAGCCCAGAAAGGGCCCCCUGUAAAUAACUCUCCAUGAUAUCACAGAAAAAAACUCUUGUCAGGAGAGAGCCUCGGGGUCCAGAGGGGAGACUCCAACUCAACAGGCACUUUCCCUUUUGAGAGUGGGAAGGAGCCAGGGUCUCCUGGCUGUGACUCAAGAAGCAAAGCCCUCUUCUACAGCAUGGGUCAAGCAGGUCCUCCUCCCUCAAGGAGCUCAUCGGGAUCAGCACUGGUCCUGCUGCCAUCAGCCUUGGCAGCUGCCUCCCCUUGUAAGUCCCCACUGCCUCCCGUCCCCAACUCCACCUGCGGCAGGACCUGCUCAUCACUCUCCCCAAUGUCCAGCAGCCCACUCAACCCCUGCUUUGAAAACAACCAGAUGUCUGGAGCGCUGACCCCCUCUCCCUUCUUCCAGCACCCCUGCCAUCCCAAGGAUGGUGUCGUGGUUGGAGCCCAGCCGCUGAACCCAGGACAUAGUGGGAUGUCCCACAAGGCAAAGGAAGCCCUGGCCUCGGAGAGCAAAUCAAAGCAGGCAGCAGUGGAGGAGAAGGCAGUGGGCCAGCCUAAGGCUGAGUAUUUUUAUGAAGAUGGACACCCAGGUGGGGAUCAGGUGAAGAGAGUGGCAGGAAAGCAGCACCUUCACAAGGGGAGGGUGGCACAGAGGUUGGCAGCCCAGGAGCCAGAUCCUGGGGCAGGGGGAGCAGAGAGGAUGGCCAGGCUGCAGGCAGGCAGGAAGAACAGAACCCCACCAGCCACCACCUCCUCCAAGUCCACCUCCAGCCAAAAGCAUCCCAGGAAGCUCAGCCAGGAGCCUCCAACAAAGAGUGAGGUGGGGCCAAGCAUUGGCACCAAGAGCUCCAAGUCACCCCGGUACACCAUGAAGGACCUGAAGAAGCGGAAGCCCUGAAGUGGGACGUGGAGCAAGGAGCUCAUUCACAACAUUGUGCAGCAGCAGAACAAACUCUACAAACUGCAGGUGAAGAGUAGCAAGCAGGUGCAGUUCCCCCAGGUCAACGAGAGGCUGAUGCCAGUCACCAAGGAGGGCAGGUUUUGGGAGUAUGACUACGUCUCCGACUCGGAUGAUGAUGGGGCAGAGUGCAGAAAGUUCUGGGGGAAGAAGCAGCAUGGCACAGGAUUCAUUGGGAGAACCAAAUACAGCUUUACCAAGAAAUACCCAGGAAGAAGUGAAAGAGUCAAAGAGAAAGACCCAGCCUGGAGCUACAGCUGGAAAAAGGACGGUCAGAAAAAGGAGGCACAGGAGCACAGUGGGGUCCCAAGCCAGGAAGAUGCCGAGAAAGGGGAUUGUAAUGCCAGAGUCCCAAGACGGAGUAGCCAGUCAUCUACUGGCAGCAACCACAGCGGUAGUGUGCCCAGCGAGAUGGGCACCAGCCCAUCCCAUGCUGAUGGGGCCGGCUCAGGCAGCGAGAAGGGAGGCACACAGAGGAGAAGGAGCUCAGGCAGCCCAGCACGCACACCAAGGAGUCUGCUCAGCCCUCCUGAGGACAGGAGCCCAAAGAAGAGCAAGAAGAGCAAAGAGGACUUUCCCAGGGGGAGCAGGCAGUUUGGUUCAGCCAAACCUUUGCUAGCAGGCUCCAGGACAUGUCCCAGUACUGAACCAGCUGUUGCUGCAACAGAAUGUGCAGAGGAAGAGCCAUUACCACAGCCCCAGGAAAGGCCCAGCAUGGCCACAUUGGGCAAGAGCCCCAUCAGGCUCUCCUGUAAGGAGGGGGCAGAAGAGGCCAAAGAAGCAGCAAAGCCCAUGGGUGAGACAGGAGAACCCACCCUGGAGGCUCAGGACUUAGCUGAGCUGACUGUGGUCAACCAGAGGCAUCAGUUUGGCUCUUUCACGAGUGAUGGGCUGAAGUAUCAUGCAGAAGAGCUAAUUGCUCCAGCCCACAGUGGUAACAAAGCUAGUCCUGGCAAUGUGAGUGCUGCCUACUCAGAAGUGAGCAUCAAAUACUUGAAGGCACACAGGCUCUGUGACAGUCGGAAGGGCUAUCCCACACCAGUUGCCAUGUACAAGGGGGAUGCAGUGAGGAUGAUGCUCACUGCCAAGGCUCCUGAUCCAUAUGUCAGCAGUGACAACACAUUUUUUGAUCACAAAGGCCUUCCCAGGCACUAUGAUGGCAACCUCUUCUCAAAGCCCCCAGCCCUGGGCUCCUCACACAUGGAUGACAUGUACUUAUGCCAGGAUGAUAUCAACACCAGCUCCUUAGAGCAGAAGCAUGCCAGCAUCUCCCCUUACGCUGCAGAAAUGUCAUAAGGCAAGGUCUCCUCCCUUCUCAGCUUCAAUUCCUCUUCGAUAUUUGGAGAGCUUUGUGUCACCGAGUUCGAUCCACCACUGUAUGAAGGCGUUUCUGCAAGCAAGGAUGGUUUUGUGACAACGUUCACCUGUCCUGGCAAUCCCCCCAGCAAACUGCUGCCAUUCGAGCAACCGUAUCCACCAUUCAUGCCAGAGAAAGACUGGUCCCUCAUGGAGGAGGUGGCUCCGAUGCUGCCAGAAGACAUAACUCAGUUCUACAGCCUUUCAGUGGAGAAGCCACUAGCCAAGAAAUUCCCUGAGGAAGGACCUGUCCCCACCAGUCAACUCUCCCUGCCACUGACGAACAGGAUAACAGAUUAUAAUGUGUCAUUUAUGAGCAACAUAUCAGAUGAUGAGCUGGAGAUCAAGCGAUUAGUCACAGAGCUGGAGAGUCAAUUGCAAACCAGCAAGCUGGACAACGAGGCACCUGUUGCCCUUCAGAAACCUGAGCAACGUGUUGCUGCCCAUCUGCAGGGACAGGCAGCUGAGCAGUUCCCACCACUGCCAGGCAAGCAAGGGGCAGGCCAUGAGAAAGGACUGUUUUUGGCAGAUGAACUGGGCAGUUCAAGCUUCUGUGUUGGGGAGAGGCUGGGAGGUGAGAAGCCAGCUGUCACAAGUGCCCAUGGGGACUACGAGAGACCCAGGGAGCCCUGGCCCUGCCUGGUGGAGCUGGUCUCGCUGGAGGCAGGGAUGUGCAUGCCAGCCCAGCUCACCACGGACCAUUUCUGCUCCAAAGACAGCAGUGAGCAUCUCCAGGUAACUGUGGCUGCCAAGGAAAGUGACCCUGGAAAGAUGGAAAAUGGAUCUUCCUCCAAAAGUCUACCUGGUUCACGCACGCCAGACCAAAUAGAGGCUCCCAUCUACACAGACCCUGUAACAAAAAGCCCUCCUGUUGCCACUGACCCCAUAUUCCCCAAGACCCUGGAGGCAGAAGAAGAAACUAAAGAUCCCCUGCCAUCCCUGCCAUGCCAGCGUGGUGCUGAGAGCUUCCCUGUGCCAGGGAAAGCAGAUGAAAGCUUCGCUGAUGCUGCAGAGCUGGGGAAGUUUGAUGCCCAUCUUCCAAACAGUAAACCUGAAUUUGGCUUUCAGCAGGUUCCCACCCCAGCCUUGGAUCUCACCUUUUCACCUCAUUUCAAAGAGGUCCCAGAUACAGAAGAAAGACCCUUAAGCAGGCCCGAGUCACCCAAAAUAGCAGAAAGUGCUGUGGACUUCAAAGGGGAUGGUGGUGGGUCUGUGUUGAUGGAAGAAACAGAGGAGAGGAAGAGCCCCACCACCUAUCCAGCCCCCAAACCCAGUGACAAAGCCAGCGACAAAGUGCUGCUGUUUGAUAUGCUGAGUCUGCUCAAGGAGAGUGACUGCAACUCCCAGAACAUGUUGGCAUCCCAGGAGACAGCUGCCAACCCUCUGCAGCAGCUCCAGCUCUUUGUUGCCCAAAUGGUGAAGAGCAACAAAGAGGAGUUGUUGAUGCCGUGCUUCCCCAUGCUGUUUGCUCCUGGCUACCCCUCUACCACCACCUGCAUCCAGCCAGAGCAGAAAGAGGAGAGCAGUGGUGCCUUGGAAGGGGAAAAUCGGACAUACUGCCCUGCCCAAGCGGAGGGCAAUAUCCCCAUUGGGGCAACAUGGAAAACUGCUGCCCCAGCAAAAGAAGCUGUGCUUUUCUCUGGUGGAUGCGAGCAGCUAGAGUUAUUUGGUGCAAUGGGCUCUUGCCAUGCAAAACAAUCCAUGUUUGUGAAGCCAGAGCUGCAAAAUAAUGUAACAGAGCUGCAGCAUUUAGCAAAUGAACAUGUGGAGCCGAAUGACAUUAAUAUCCAUGCAGAUGGUGUUUCCCAAGAGCAUAAUGACCUCUCGCCACUCAAAAACACAGCAGUGACCCCACUGCCAGGGCAAGGAAAGAAAGCUGAUCAGCUCAUGGAAGAGCAGGAACAAGAUAAAAACAAAGCUACCUUGGUGUUUAAAAAGCAUCAGCAAUCCCAGUUAAACUGUAGUUUGCUUGAGAAAGAAACGCUGGGCAGUGCAGCAGCAGAGAGGCCAGAAAGGAACCAGGUGGGGCAGGGGACACAGCCCCUGCACAGUGCUUCCACGAGUCCCACCAGCCCCCCCGGUCCCUCUGAGGAGGAUCUCCACCAGGAUCACCACUUGGUGCCAGAGACAAAAGCCAUCAUAGUCAAUGCAAAGGUUCCCAGAGAAGGAAAUGGCAAGUCCCUCAAUGGCUGUCAUUACAUGAGUGAACCUCUGGCCAGCCUGCCCUUGCCAACCAAUUGUUCUCACCCCAAAGGCUUGCAAAGUGGUGGGGCUGAGGGAGGAGAGGUCCCCAGCUUCAACCCUCAGCUCUUGGAUGAGAAGAAAUGUGGCGCAUCCCUGCUUAACACAUCGAGUUCCCUUGUCAUGAAGAGAUGUCCUCCCGAGGCCAACAGCCAUCACAUCCAUCACCCCACUGUGAGCCCAGCAGAGCAAGGGACAUGGAAAAGGGCACCCACCUUUCCUCCCUCUCUGCAUCGCUGUGGGGCCAUGCCAAUGGAAGCGGUUGACGAUGGUCACUGUCACCUCCCGGGCGUUUUGGGUAACUAUGGAUCACCUGAAAGAGAAGGGAUGGCGAGACCUUGCACUGUGCUGCACACUGAUGGUCUGGGGGGCUCUGCCUUGGAGAUGGAUGGUGCCCAGAAGGACUGUUCUCUUCCCUGCUCGCCACCUUUCAACCAAAAGGAUGCUGGGAAAGAGGUACCCGAAAGCACUGGUGCUGUGCUGUCAAGUUCUCAUUUUAAAGAAAACCAAGCAUGCACCAUCACAGAUACAGUUAACUCCAUUCCUCCAGAAACCCAAGAUGACCCAACCCAGCCCACAACGGAUCUUCCUGAUCAAAGAGAGGUAAACCUGAAUCAAGAGAACAAGCUUGAAAGCUGUUCUGAUGAUGGAAAUAAGCAUCAAAGUGAACCAGAGGCUUUGUCCAAUGGUUUUGUUGUUCAGGAAGGGCCAGCAGCUGUCAGCAGAGGUCUUACAAGUCCUGCUGAAUUAAAUGGCCAUGAGUUUUCAGCAGAGGUGAGACUUGGUCUUUCCAAAACCACAGAGAGUGGAGGAAAGAGUUUAAAAGGGGAGACACCAAAAAGCCAUGGGGCUGGAGAAGCUGAGAGUUGUGUAUUAAACAGUAUGGCCCAAGGAGAGGCCAACACACCAACUACUCCAAACCCUUCCCAAAAUGAACUUCACAAAGAAAAGAAGCCAAAUGGGCUCCCAGUGACCUGUGAUAUUUGUUCAGCUACUUUCCGGUCCAAGCCUGGUCUGACCAGGCGCAAAGCUGUCAAGCACCAGGUGAAGAAUGGUAGCAUACCACAGCCCAGCAAGACUGCCAGGUCCACUUUGAUUCCUGCAGACAAGACAUCAAAAGCAGCCCAAAAGGUGCCCAGGAGGAGCCUGAAGUCUUCGAUCAAAGACAAAACCGACAGCACACAGAUGCCAACCAACAACGUUGAACACCCCAAGAAAAUAUGCCCAGACCUGGAGAAAGAGCCCAGCACGCAGAUGCAAGAAGUGGUCAGCAGAGUGCUCAGUGACCUCAGUGUGAUCUCCUUUGAGAUGUCUCAGGAGCUGCACCGCACACCUGUUCUGCAGAGGGAGACAAAGGCAAAGGGAUCGCACUCAGAGACAGGGGGAGUAGGUGAGGCAGCAGCUGGGAAGCUGGACUCAGAACAGCAAGCCAGGAAGGGAGAAAAGGGCAGAAGGAGCCAAAGCAAAGAACCUGGAGAGGUGAACGGCAAUUCUGAAAAGAAGCUAAUCAGGAAAGUGAGACAAAGGGAAGCAAAGGUAUUUCCCAGCAGAAAUUAACCCGAUGGUCCAUGUGAGCUGGAGAAGAGCACAGGUCCUCCUGCUGCUGUCCUGAGCUCCAGUCUGCCCAGGAUCAUGGAGGGCUUGCACGAGCCAGGUGGUUGCAUCACCACAGAGGAACAAAAUAGGUCCAACUCAACACAGCACUCUCAAAAAGCUAAACAGUCCCCUUGCACAGCUGAGCUUACAGAGGACCUGAGUGACAGGAUGGUAUCUUCAAAGGAUAUGAUCAGCAAGGAUUCAGUAACAGGCUCGGUCACCUGUCCUGGGGAGGUGGAAGAUCCAAAUGGAGUGGAAGACAUGCAGGCUUGCAAGAAAUGGGUUAGCGGGUUUGUGAAGCAAGUGGUAAAGGGAGUGGGCAAGGUAGGCAAAGAGCAGCAUCAUGGUGCUGAUGGCACAGAGGAGAUGGAUGCUGAGACAGGAGACAGUCCUGUGGCAGGCAGUGGCACUUGAAACCAGAGUGGUGCCCUGCAGGGUCCCACAGCUCCUGCCAAAGGAGAUCUGCUGCUGGAGACAUGUGAUUCGGAAACCACCCAACAGGUUCCCAGGCAAAGUGCUCUGCAGACCACGCCUCAGACCAGCCCUCCUCCUGCAGAGACAAAGGGAUGGGUGAAGGCAGAUGUGCCACCAGGCAGCGAGCAUUGCAAUGAGAGCACGGCUGUCUCGGACCUCCAAAGCCUGUUUGAUGAUGACUCCACAUUCUUCCAACUGUUCCCCCGGGACGACCAGUUUGUUCAGAGAAAGUGCACAUGGGUGUAUGGGAAGUGCAGCAAGAAACCCAAGCCCAUCACAGAGAUAAACCUCCAGCCAUCAGGUGCAAUCAACCUCUUCACCAUCCAAUUAACUUCUGACCUCAGCAAAACCAGCUCUUUCUGUGUCACCAGGGAGGACACUUGUGAUUACGAAGCCAUCUCUGUUGAUGAUGCCUUAAUGCUAAACAUUGGCAGCAAGGCGAAGAGUGGAGAUGCUGCUCCCAGUGGAUCUAAAAGCAUUGUGCCAAGGUCAGACCACGAGAAGACCAACAAAAAGAAGGAGGACAUUAACCUGGAAGACAACGUGCUAACCUUCUUGUGCCAAAACAGCCAAGUGGACAACAUCCCCAGCUUGAACAUCUGUGGAAGUCUGGAGGAGGGAGAAAGCCUCUCUGCAAAGGACAUGUUUGAGCCUCUGAUGGACCUUGAGGAUGAGCACUCACUCAGAGAAGCGAGCUCCGAGCCCUCCGACCUGGAGGAGGAGCCUUAUGAUGACAAGGCUAACGAAGAUUCAGACUCUCCUGAAUUUCAUACCAUCAACAUUGAGAUGCUGAACACAAAGCUGAAAAUGAGAGAGUGCUUCUUCAGCCCUUGUGAAGAUCUUCCUAGCCAUGAGGAGGACAACACUGGGAGUUUCAAGCCGAAGCCAGGCCAGCACAGCAAGCACAGAAGUAAGCUAGAAGAUGGGAAACUGGGGAAAAACCGCAGUGAGAUAACUAUCAAGACCAAAGACAAGCAGUACAAAUGCAAAGUCUGCUUCCAGUGGUUCCUGACGUUGGGGGAGUUGGACUUCCACAAGCUCUCACAUAACCCUUCCCCUCUGCCUACCUGCUACAUGUGUGUCCAGUGCAAAUUCAGCUCCCGGGAGCAACUGAGGGACCAUCUGAAGGAGAAGCAUGCCAAAAACAGUGAUGGUCUGUGGGCUUGCGGUAUGUGCCUGAAGGAGAUCUCAGAUGUCUGGAUGUACAACGAGCAUCUCCGGGAGCACGCCACCCAGUUCACUCGCAAGGGGCAAGCGCAGAAGUCCAUGAUGGGCCUACCAGCCUACUUCGGUGAGGAAAAUGCUGCUGUCACCCACUUCCUCAACACCAUCAUGUAUCAGAAACCCAGCAGGUCCUCCCAGCAUGCCAGCCCCAGCAGCAAGCAUGCGGUUAGCAGAGAGAGCAAGAGCCCCAAGGAGCUGCCCCUUGAGCAGGAGGCCAAGACAAUGAAAGACCCCCUGGAAAGCAACAUCAAGAUGAAGCCACCUGCACCUGGCUCCUCUAAAGCAUCUGCUAGUCUAUCUCCAGAGCACGUGGCAAAAAGCGAAGGCACCCCAAAAUCUGUCCCCAUGCACCCAGACUGCAAGGAUCCUUCCAGGGACUGUCAUCACUGUGGCAAACAGUUUCCCAAACCCUUCAAGCUCCAGCGGCACUUAGUCGUGCACAGUUUGCAGAGGAUUUACUUGUGCCACAAGUGUCCAAUUUUCUACCAGGAGACCAAAGAGUUUCGAAACCACCUCAGCCAGGAGCACAGCAUAGUGGAAGAGCAGGAGAUCAAGCACACCACCCUGAAUGCUUGUGAGCUCUGUGCAGAUGUCGUGCAUGUUAUUAAGUCCUUCAUCUGCAGCAUGUGCAACUACACCUUCUCCAAGAAAGAGCAGUACGACUGGCACAUGGAGAAGCACCUGGUGGGAAGCAACAAGACUUUAAAAUUCAGAGGGGUUAUGAGGCCUGGCAUUGCCUCCAGGGAGGGCAGGGAGAAAAUGAAAGAGGACUGCUCUCUCCAGGAAGGCAUGCCGCCGAGCAAGAGGAGGAAGGUUUCUCACUGCAGAAGCUCACUCCCAUGCACCUCACCGGUCCACCUGGACCACACUAAUGACCUUCAGCUGGUAGAGGCUUCAAGCCCCAGCCUACAGGCUCCCGCUGACUCCUUCCCUACAUCACCUGGUGACCCAGGAGCACCCCAACCCUCUGUGAAAACGGAAGACCUGGUGAGUGACUUCUCCAACCUCCUGGCAGAGAUGGAGAAAUCCCAGUUUGACACCCUGCUUCCACCACCCUGCCUCUCCCCAUCUUUGCCUCAGGCUGUGGUGAGCAGCCCAGAGCUUGGUCAUAUCACUGCCCUGUCUAUUGAGGAGCUGGAGAAAGAAGCAUUUGAUGGGAAACCCCUUCCUUUCUUGGACUCACCUGAGUUUACCAUUGACCUUGCUGGGCUGGCUUGUAACCAGGCCACAGACCAAAAGCUCUCUCCUCCACACCUGACUGAGAAACGUGACUAUGCCGAUGCCCAUAAAAGAACAAGUGUGGGCAACAAAGAUGAAUAUAUAGCAGGUGUCCUGGAAAAUCUUGGUGCAGCCACCAACGCCAUGGAUGGGAUUCCAUUUCUCCAGCUUGCCAAGAAGGUCUUGGAGUUUCCUUCCCCACAGGCAGAGUCUCCACCAGCCAAGGAGACCCACAGAUGGGGCAACCCCAGUGCCGUCAACGCCUCUUCUUGGGAAGGUGCAUCUGAGGCCACCUCUCCAGAAGAUGCCCAUCACCCCCUGCCCCUGAAGGACAAGACAGCAUCACCCACACUGGACAGGGCUGCCAAAGAUUUGGUCCUGCAGAAGAAGACCACAGGUAGCCAACACAGCACUGAGGCUUCUCCUGGCAUGGGCAGCCCCAGUGGCAGCACCAAGGAGGGUCAGCAACCCAUCUCGGGGAGGGAAAAAAACAUGCUUGAGACUAAGGACAGUAGCACUAAUGCCAAGGACCAAGGUGACAACCCAAGCGAAUCCACUGGCCACCAGCCCAGAGGCAAGGCAUCCAACAAUGCUGUGAGACAUGGCCACACAGAGCCGAGCAAAGCCGCUGGCAAACUUGACCCCAAGAGGAGGAAAGAGCACAAGUCCUUGAGCCACCGGAGCAGCUCCAGCUCCCAGGAGAACAUGGAGGGAGAUGGAAAAAAGAAAUAAACCUGGACCCCAUGCCCAGGGAGGAGCAAGAACACUGAUGAGCUCAAACGCACUGGCUGGAGCAAUGCUGGAGCUUCUGCCCUCUCCUCCAGGAGGAGGGAGAUGUACUGCAAUAAGCUGGUACCCAAGCCCAAAAUGGGCACCCAACUGAAGAAGAUGGUCUUGGACACUUACAACCAGAAGAAGGGGGAGCUCCGCCAUGCCAAUGGGGACGUGAAACGCAGGAAGGCCAUUCUGGGGAAGAGCCUCCACCAAGUGUUGGCCAGGGGGCCGGCGCCAUCCCCAUGUGGCUCCUUGCACCGGGGUGCCAAGCCAGCUGGCUCAGCCAGCUACCGCACUGCUGAGUCCCAGAACAACCUGCUAAGCAAACUCUUUGGGCAAAAAUUAACUAGCUUUAAAAUUCCUUUAAGACAUACUUCAGAAUAAUUUAUGUAAGUGACUUAUGGUGAUCCUCAGCUGCUUUCAUGGGGUUUGCAAGGGAAAAAUUAUCAAAGCAUUAAAUUUGUUUGUGUAGCAUUUCUCUGUCUAGCUUAAAUGAGCUUGCACUGCAGCCUCUGUGAAAGUUUGCUUUGCGUCUACUAAUCUACUUUAAUUCACCUGAUUUAUCAUGCAAAUGCUAGAACUUUGAUGUUGUUGAUGAUUUUCAUGAACUGAAAUUGUAAUCGCUUUGGGCAGACUGAAUCGUCAAGAGCAAUUGCUUUAUUACAGAAGUGCUGAGAUUAUAAGUAUACUUGCAAAUCUCAGACCCUUUUGAGUCUGUUUCUGUAUUAUCUUUGCACAAAGUACUUGAAGAGAUGAACUUCAUUCCAUAGAUGUCUUAUUCAUAAGGUGCAGUACACUGUAGAAAGCAACUUAUUAUUUUUUUCUUGAAGAUUUUGCACAAAUAAUCCCAUACAAUUCAUUUAAUUGGGAGCUGGUCUAAGAGAUGAUACAAUUAAAAAAUUAAAUUAAGAAUUGAGUGUCCUACAUUUUGACAGCCAUCCCUACGAAUUUGUUUCUACAUCAUCAAGAGAAUAAUGAGGCAGCUCUGGGGCUGCCGGGGCUGUUGGAGCCCUUCAGAGGAUGCUGCCACUCUUUGACCACUGUAGACAAUGUAACCGGAGGAGACCAAACCGCACCUUGACACGUGUGACAAACUCUGAUUUUUCAGGGUUUUUUUUUGGUGUGUGUGUGUGUGUUUUGGUUUGGUUUGGUUUGGUGCGGUUUUGUGCAAUGACAAAACUGUGCCAGUUUACCAUACCGAACUGGUACUGUCCGAGUGCCCUCAACAGUAUCACUUCUAAACUAUCUUACUGUAUUGAGUUAGUGGCUAUAUAGGUAUCCGCUUUUUACUAUGCAGUUACUGGUGCUAUUCUUCUUUUGUAAUGUGAAUACAGACUUCCUCGAUUGGAAAAAUAAAAGGGAACCAUUAGGAAGUAGCAGUUACCUGUAAAAGAAAAUGAAGCAGGAAAAAAAAUAGUUUAAAAACAUCCAAUUUUAUGGAGAAAAAUCCUGUAUGCUGGUACUCGGCAGUGUUGAAAAGGUUACAUCAUGUUGAAUGAGCAUGUUAUAAAACCGAACUUUUGAAUCCAGAAAGAAAUCUCAGGUGCAAACGAGGACAUGGAAGAUAAUUAAAAAUACUAUUGAAAUACUCCCAAGUCAAGGAGAUGAAGUAAUGCACUGAUGUGAUAUGAACAGUCAGAGUACUUUGCAUCUGUCCUGCAAUGAUUUUUUGUUUUGUUUUAGACUUAAAAGAAAAAAAAAAAAAAGAGGCUUUAUUCUGUUAAUAUGUAUCUUUACAAUUCUUUGUACUGUAUUAAAAUAUUGUAGGUAAUUUACCUUGGGUGCAAUGUGUUCUGUCAAAAGUUUUUAUUUUGAUAUUUUGUCAGAGAAGCAGAGAGAGUGCAGGAAAGCAACAUUUUAUGAUGUUGUGUGUGCGCUUUUAAAGUGCCUCUUUAAUAUUGUCGAAUAAAGUAUGAGAUGAAAAUAUGGGGUGGUACUGUAAAAUCAUACAUGAUUAAUCUUUUCAAAUAUAUUCCAAUAUUUUCACAGAAAUUCCCUGUCUGCAUGAUGUUUGUGGGAUGUUCCUGCCUGGUUGUGUCCUGUA